AUUCAAUCGCGUUCGGUCUUGGUAUGCUGUGUCUGACCUGAGUGAUCUCCGUUUGCUACAAGGGUGACCGUCUCUCAACUUCGCACAGAUGCCAGCAAGGAAGAGGGAGUAGCCACGGUAUCGACGCUGAUCCCGGCACAUAUCAGCAAUAUCUCAUGCAUGGAUCGGACUCGUUCUGCUCCCCCAAUACGAAUAAAUCGUUGACGAAUGACAUACAAACGGCAGUGUGCAAUAACGAACUGAAGAUCCACGAUAAUUUCUAUGAUGGACUGUUUUGGAACGAUGGAUCAUGGUUUUAUACGUGGACCCGCAAACGAAUGGAAACGACCAAUGCUUACAAUGGAAAUAACUCCUUCACGCAUUGUGCAUCGACAACUGUGAACACAUCCAAGAGUUCAUCUAAACCACUCGGUGCGGGCAUCAUUACUGGGAUUGUGAUAGGGAGCAUCGCCUUCGGAGGAGCCAUCACGGUCUUCCUCCUCUGGUUAUCGUACCGUCGGCGACAAGCUGCUACCAAGGACUCGAUAACAUCGCCCUGUCCCUUUGUCAGCCACACUCCAUCCAUGCUUAACAGUCCCCCGUUAAUAUGCUUCAAAAUGAAAGCCCAUUGCUCACUACGAAUUUUGAGUCAGCAGAGAGACUGCUCGUGCACAAAGGACAGAGAGAACAACCACCUGUGUAUACAGCAUAGACUUAGUCUUGCGGUCCUUAAGAGGAUGAUUUGGCCGGACCAGUGAGCCUGGGACAAAGGGGGAGCUGCACGCGAUAAACGGAUAAAGACGGUUUUAAAAUUGUCACUGUGAGAACUCAAGAGAUUUCGUAGUCGAGACUCGAGCGUUCGGUUUUAUAAGCAAGUACCAUAGAUUCCGCAGAAGAAGGACGCGUAGACUACAACAGUCAACAUCCGAUAAUUGACGAAAUCAGGCCAGAUAAAUGCGGCCCGACU